UUGAAAAUGUCUCGGUUCAUCCCGGAAGUGGUGUGUGAUGGGGCUCCACCUCAGGUGUUUGAAAUGAAGCGAUUGCUCUAGACAGGAGGAGAUUUUCCUGAUCCUCCUGGUGCUGAUCUUCCUGCUCCUGAUCUUCUUUUAUAACACGUCAUCACAAACUCAAACACAUGGCGGGAGAAAGCGCAAGUGUAUUGUUUAAGGUGUAUUGUUUGGUGGUGAUGACGCUGGUUGCUGCAGCGUACACGGUGGCGUUGCGUUACACUCGCACGGUGCAGACGGAUCUGUAUUUCUCCACCACCGCCGUCUGUCUCACCGAGAUCAUCAAACUGCUCCUCACCCUGGUCCUGCUCGUCCGUGAGACAGGUGGAUUGAGCAGGUGUAAGGGUGUGAUUGUAGAGCAGGUGUUGAACCCUGUGGAGAUGCUGAAGCUCAGUGUGCCAUCUGUAGUUUAUGCUGUCCAGAACAACAUGGCCUUCCUCGCUCUCAGUAACCUGGACGCAGCUGUCUUUCAGGUAACGUAUCAGCUGAAGAUCCCGUGUACGGCUCUGUGCACCGUGCUGAUGCUGAACCGUUCUCUCAGCCACAUGCAGUGGUUCUCCGUCUCCAUGCUGUGUGUGGGAGUUAUCCUGGUCCAGUGGAAACCUGCUGAGCUCACAAAGGUCCAGAUGGAGCAGAACCCCAUCCUGGGCUUUGUGGCCAUCGCCAUCGCGGUUAUCUGUUCUGGAUUUGCAGGUGUGUAUUUUGAGAAGGUGUUGAAGAGCUCCUCGACAUCUCUGUGGGUGAGGAACAUCCAGAUGUACCUGUCAGGAAUCGCCAUCACGCUGCUGGGUGUGUACGUGACGGACGGAGCGCAGGUGAUGGAGAAAGGCUUCUUCUUUGGAUACACACCGUGGGUCUGUUUCGUCAUCUUCCUCGCCAGUGUCGGAGGUCUCUACACGUCAGUGGUGGUGAAAUACACAGAUAAUAUAAUGAAGGGUUUUUCGGCGGCGGCGGCGAUCGUCCUCUCCACCAUCGCCUCGGUCCUGCUGUUCGGUCUGCAGCUCACUGUGACGUUCCUGAGCGGCGCUCUGCUCGUCUGCGUCUCCAUCUACCUGUACGGUUUACCCAAACAGGACACCAGCACGCUAAGCAGAGCUAGCGAUCCCGGCAGCGCCAGCAAAGAGAAGCUGCUCAUCGCCUCGGCGUGAAGACGCCAGUGUAGUGUCCUUAAAACACUGCUCCAUUCACUCCGCCUCCUUUUCCUGCUGGAGGCGGAGCCUAGCCUGGACAGAACCAGAGGAAACUUGUUUAUAUUACCUUAAAGGGGUUCAAUCAAUGUUUGUCCUUUUUUUUUUUUUUUUUUUAAUUUACUUUCAUCCCUCCUUCCCUGCAGCAAAGGAAGUGCACUCAAACUGCUCCCUACCCCCUAGACAGUGUUGGACACUAACCUGCUGCAGUGCAUUGUGGGAUGUCGGAAGUGGGCUGGAAUUUCAGUGUAAUUUUAUAGGAGUUUUAUGGUGUAGAAAUCAGCUGUGAAUUCAUUUACAUAUUGACUGCAGUCUUGUGAAUGUGAUUUACCCCUCGUUUAUUCACACACACACACACACACACACACACAGCAGUACUGAUUAGCAGUUCAGUUAUAACAGUGUGUAUGAUGUUGGCAGUAACAGAUUAUUGGUGUAAAAUAAAUCAUGGUGGCAUCAGGA